AUUAAACUGACUAGGAAUGAAAUCAUUGACGAAUUUUUUACUUGACUUUUCAGUGAGUGAUUUUAAGAUUUAUUUGUCCAAACCGUGAGUGAUUUUUGGUUCCAGUUUAUAUUGAAAAACAAACAAACGAGAGGUGUGUUUGGUAAGCCUCGUCUCGAAAUGGCGACUUGCUCCGCUGCUUGCGCUCGCCCAGCCGUCGUCGUCUUCGCGUCGCCGGCCGCCGCGCGGCGGCGCGCCGCCUCCUCCGUCUACCUCCCUGGUCGGCCUCUGCGCGGCGGCGGCGUCGUGCGAUGCAGCGCUGGGCCUGUAAGCGGUGGGAUGAUCUCGAAGAAGGUGGCGGAGCUGUGGGCGGCGGCGAGGAGCGCGUCGCCGGUGGCGGUGAUCGCCGCGGUGGCCGGAGCGGCGGUGGUCUACAAGGUGGGGUCCAGUCUCCUCGCGCCGCCUCCUCCGCCGGCGAGGCCCCGGGAGGAGCCCAGCGAGGAGGCCCCGCCGCCUCCGGAGCCGGUGCAGGUGGGGGAGAUCACGGCGGAGGAGUUGCUGCAGUACGACGGGUCCGACCCCGAGAAGCCGUUGCUCAUGGCGAUCAAGGGGCAGAUCUAUGACGUCUCCCAGAGCAGAUUGUUCUAUGGACCUGGUGGACCAUAUGCAUUGUUUGCUGGUAAAGAUGCCAGUAGGGCGUUGGCGAAGAUGUCCUUUGAGCCACAAGAUCUGACUGAUGAUAUAUCUGGCCUAAGUUUACUUGAACUCAGUGCCCUUCAGGACUGGGAGUACAAGUUCAGCAGCAAGUACGUGAAGGUUGGAACCAUAAAAAAGGUGCUCGUAGAACAGGGUGGCGAUAGCACUGCCGAUGCAAUAGAGGAGGCAGCUGUCGAUGGUGAAGACAGCAUCCUGACUGCUAAGAUGUCUAAUCAAUUACUAUAUGAGGAAGAAAUGGAAGUCGGUAGUGAUGAUCCAUGAAGGCUUCAGGAGUUGAAAACUGAAUUGCCUUCUAGCAGCUAACUUCACGCAUCAAGAAUUCAAGACAAAUAAUCGCAGAAUGAUGUUUCAUGAAUUCAUGUGUCUAUAGGUGUAGAUUACAAGAAGAUACUGCAUUACUGCUGUCGAUUUCCCUUUGUCAAUACUCAAGGAUAUGUUGCCGUAAUGCCAUGUUAUUAGUUGGCUGUCCUGUUCGUCAAUAAUUUCAUAUUUCUACCUGCCCACAGAACCCCUUUUCUUGGUUACAUGCUAAUUCUUCAUUCUUUCUUGUAUUGCUCUCCAUGCAUUCUUGUAGCAUUGUCCGCCAUGCCAUUAUUGGAACAGCUUAAUACUUCAUAAA